UUUUCAGAUCUUACUUUAUUUCCUUUCCUUCUCUUCACUAGAUCUUGUUGUUCUUCUUGAUUGAAUUCCGUUAUUGGCAAUGGAAUGGAUCUUGGAGCAAAUUCAUGAUCUGUGGAUGUUUGGGUUGUCAGGAUAGUUUAUUAUUUCUUGAUCGUGGAUAUCUGGACUAGUUUAUUGGUGCAAAACACUGUAACAGCUGCUAAUUCUUCAGGUUGUACAAUUCUUUCCGAGUGCGCUUCAGGAUUAUUAGAGAUACCCACCUGAAAAUGAUUUUUUUGGUAGUCGUAGCAUUCUUUAUAUUGUUAUUUGGUUGUGAUUUGAUCGAUAAAUUUAUUUAUGAUUGGAAUGAUAUGGUAUGUAGAGAUGAUUGGGGCUCUCUAUCUGUUGCUGGUUAUACAUCUCGUAGCAAUCUUUUCUAGUGCAGGUCAAAAACUGUUCUUGGUCUUCUUGCUGGAGAUUAACUUAACUGGAAAUGGAAUGAUCCAAAGAGUGGAGUCGCAUAUUUUCAUGAAUUAAGAGACCCAUAGACUAAUGUGACAUCCCUAUUUCAAACCAGGAUGUCAUGUGCCUGCAGAUAACAUGGAAGUCUUGCUAAUAUGGCUCUAUGGUGUUGGCAUUCACGCAUGAUUAACGAUACACAAUAGCUUUACUGGCAUGGGGAAGUGCAACAAAAUUGAAAACCUCUGUUGUUGCUUUCAUUGAAACAUGCCCCUAUUCGUCAAUUGGAGAUGUGCUUCUUUCCUUUUUCAUUAGCCACAGCGGGAUAAUUCAGUCCAUUUAGAAAAUGUGCAGUAAGGGUUUUGAUGAUGAGUCUUAGUAUGUUAACUGUAUUUGGAGCUGUCCUGCAUGUGAUUUCUACUUCUCUGCUUGGUAUUGCUGCAAUCACCAUGGCCAACACCAUAGCUGGUGAAGAGACAGUGCACAAGCUUGCUUCGUUGCUGCUCAUAGUUCUUGGAGGAAGCUAUAUUCUUCUGUUUUUAUUUGGUAAGAGAGGCCACAAUCACUCUCACAAUCAUUCCAUGGAGAAGAUGGCAGUGGCUGGGCUUGUUCUUGUACCUGCGUUAUCUCCUUGUGCAACAACUCUUCCAGUUUUCCUUGCUGUUGGCAACUCAUCGUCUAUGAUGGUUCUAGCAAUCAUUGUGCUUCUGUUAAGCACCAUUACCGUCAUGACAUCUCUUGUGGCCCUUUCAUUUUACGGUGCCAGCCAGCUCAAGUUUCACUGGGUUGAACGAAACGACAAGCUUCUCGUUGGCUCGGUGCUCGUCCUGGUCGGAAUGCUUACCUUGAUUUUCCAUGAUCAUGAUGAUGAAAAGCAUUCGAUAGGGGAGCACCUUCACAGGAAGAUUAUCGUUUUGUGAGUAUCUGGGCCUCGCAUUACUUGUUGGAACCCAUCUGUAUCACGUUAUAAUUUUGGUCAGUCGGUUAACAUGAUUUUGGUCAGUCGAUUGAUACGAGGUAAAAGGAUAUUCUGUCUGUGGCUUCAACGAGAAAAAAGCUGCAUUGUGCAUUGUUCAUAUACAUUACCGCUUUGAGGAUUAGUAUCCAACAUUUUGAGGAACCUCAGAGAUGGGAGCAAUCGAUUGUUUCCGUAACGUCGAUUGUAAUACGACUAAUUUUGUCUUUUAUCAAAAGAAUUAGUUUGUCA